AUGACCGACAUGUCAGAUUGUUCUUUAGUAUCCACAGUCUAUGAGUACCAGAUACUUUAUUCAAGCAGAGUAACUCAAAAAGACAAAAGGUGGUGCGAUGGAAAGUUGAAAUACUACGAGUUAAAUAAUAAGCUUGAAAUUUAUAAUGAACAGGGAACACUAAUUACGACUGAUUUUUUUGAAAAGGCGAAUACUGAAAGCAUUCUACUCAAAAACCUUCAAGUUGAAAACCAAUUCGAGUUGGCAAACAACCGUUUCGUUAUCCAAAUUGUUGACAGUUUGGGUGUAUUUCAGAGGGACAUAUCAAACUAUGUUAGAACGCGCAAGGUCACUUGCAAAAGACAACGAAUUGAUUCAUCAGACACGCUUAAUAGAAUUGAACUGAAGAGUUUAGCUAUUAAAAGCCGUAUAGUGAAGAUGUCAAAUCCGGGAACUAAGCGUCGCGUACUUCUGGAUCAUCAACCUUCUAGGAAAGCCGAUUCUACGAUCGUAAAGAAUAGAUUUAAGACGUCUCAAUAUGACAGCUCAUCAAAUAAACCUCUGAUGGGAGAAUUCUUGUGUCGUAAGCACAUAAGAAUUCCAGCAAAAUCCUCAUCAUACUUCAAAUACCUUCGAAAAGAGACCAAUCAGCUAAGUAUUAUAGCGGAUAAAACAGGAUACAUGUCAAGAUCUUUCGUCGCCAAGCAAUUAAACAAUUGUCAGAAUAAAGGGAACAAAACCCACGAAAUUGAAGAGCCAUAUCUGGGGCCUCUUGGCCUCGAUAAGCUUGAAAAUCUUCUGCCGAAGUGUCUUACACCCUCACGAAACUACAACACUUCUGUAUCAGAGUCAAGUAUAUUAAUUGCAAGAGACUUUGACUUAUCAGAGAGUUCAGAUUUUGAUGACAUAGAUUUAUAG